AUGGCGCAUGAGCUCCAUGAACUUGAAACCACUAUCUUGCCGCAGUUUGAGCUGUUGAUUGAAGCAGCAGACAAUGGAAACCACAGGCCCAAGUUGGACAAAUGGCUUCAGGAACUCAAAGAAGGUUUCUACAUGGCUGAAGACUUGCUGGACAAGCAUGAGUACAACCUUCUCAAGCAACAAGUAAAGGGGAAAGAUUCAUUGCUGACCAAUGCCUCCUUCAUCAGCAACACUUUUAUGAAGCCUUUGCGUGCUGCAUCGAGCCGGCUGUCCAAUGUGAGCUCUGAAAAUAGAAAGCUAAUUUGCCAGCUGAAUGAACUGAAGGCUACCCUCGCAAAAGCCAAUGACGGAAAAACGGUCAAAGCCAAGUACUUCCGUGAGCUGGUGCGCUUACCAACUGGUUAUAGUGAAGUGAGCCUGACCAAACAAUCAGUUGUUGUUCCCGAGACAACGUCACUACCACCUCUCAAAGUGAUUGGUCGUGACAAGGAUCGCGAUUACAUAAUAGAUCGUCUUACCAAGAAAACGGCUACUAGUGAGUCUAGUACAACUAUGUUCUCGGGUUUGGCCAUCGUUGGACCAGGAGGCAUGGGAAAGUCCACCUUGGCACAACUUGUUUACAAUGACAAGAGCAUAAAAGAGUAUUUUGAUGUGACGAUGUGGGUAAGCAUCUCACGCAAACUUAAUGUCCGACGUCAUACACGGGAUAUCAUAGAGUCGGCCUCUCAGGGGGAAUGCCCACAGAUUGAUAACCUUGAUACUCUACAGCGCAAGUUGAUUGACAUACUACAAGAAUCAAAAAAAUUCUUGCUGGUGUUGGAUGAUGUUUGGUUCGAACCAGGCAGUGAGAUGGAAUGGGAGCAACUAUUAGCCCCUCUAGUUUCAAAAGACGCCAGAAGCAAAGUUUUGAUAACUUCUCGGCGGGAUACAUUUCCAGCUGCUCUUUGUUGUGAAGAAGUGUGUCCUCCGGAAAACAUGGAAUAUGCUCAGUUCUUGACACUUUUUAAGCACCAUGCAUUCUCUGGACCAGAAAUCGGAAAUCCACAGUUGCAUGAAAAGUUGGAAGGUUUUGCACAAAAGAUAGCUAAAAGACUUGGACGAUCUCCUUUGGCAGCGAAAGUUGUGGGUUCCCAGUUGAAAGGGAAAACAAGUAUCAGUGCAUGGAAAGGUGCUCUAACUAUAAAGAUUGACGAAUUAACUGACCCCAUGAGAGCUCUGUUGUGGAGUCAUGAGAAGUUAGAUCCUUGUCUGCAGAGGUGCUUCCUAUAUUGCAGCUUGUUUCCAAAAGGCCACAAGUAUGACACUGAUGAGUUGGUUUAUCUUUGGAUGGCAGAGGGCCUUGUUGACUCAUGCGACCAAAACAAGAGAGUGGAAGAUAUUGGGAUGGAUUGCUUCCGUGAGAUGAUCUCCGCUUCAUUCUUUCAACCUGUUUAUGAGGAAGACACUUACUAUCUUAUGCAUGAUCUCCUUCAUGAUCUUGCAGAAUCACUCUCCAAAGGGAACUACUUCAGAUUGGAAGAUUGUAAGAUGACAGAAAUACCAUCCACUGUUCGAUACCUUUCUGUUCGUGUUGAUAAUCCUCUAAUUGAUGAUGUAAGUCACCUUUUUAAUGAGAUACUACAGAAUUUGAAGAAGUUGCGUGUACUAUGUUUGUCAUCUUACAGCAGUAGUAAGUUGCCAGAAUCUGUUGGUCAGUUGAAGCACCUUCGGUAUUUGAACAUCAUCAGAACACUAAUUUCUGAUUUGCCAAGAUCACUGUGUACUCUUUACCACUUGCAGUUACUUCUGUUAAAUGACAAAGUUGAGUGUUUCCCUGAGAAUCUCUGCAAUUUAAGGAAGUUGCGGCAUCUUGAAAGGCAUUUUAAUAGAUUAGACACGUCAUACAAAAUAACACUGCCUCAAAUUCCUUACAUUGGUAAUCUGAGUCUGCUUCAAGAAUUGAAGGCAUUUUCUUUGCAAAAGAAAAAUGGAUAUGAGUUGCAACAGCUGAGGGACAUGAAUGGGAUUCGUGGCAGUUUAAGUGUCACAAAUCUUGAGAAUGUCAGUGGGAAAGAUCAAGCCUUAGAAUCGAAGCUGUGUCAGAAAAGUCAUCUUCACAGCUUGCAACUUGUUUGGAGUUGCAAGAAUAACACGAAUGCAGAGGAUAGUUUACAUUUGGAGAUUCUAGAAGGCCUGAUGCCACCGCCUCAACUUGGGGGACUUACAGUUGACGGUUAUAAAUCUUCAAAAUAUCCUAGCUGGUUACUUGAUGGUUCGUAUUUUGAGAAUUUGGAACAUUUAAGCUUUGUUAAUUGCAGCGUGUUACAAAGCUUACCAUCCAAUAGUGAACUAUUUGGGAAUUGCUCUUCACUUGUCCUCACCAAUAUGCCAAACCUGAAGACAUUACCUUGUCUUCCACUAGGCCUUCAAAAAUUAAUGAUAUCCAAUUGUCCACUGCUUAUAUUUAUUUCGAGCAAUGAUCUAGAACAUCAAGAGCAGAGAGAGGAUAUCUCAAGGACAGACCACUUGGCAUCACAGCUUGGUUUAAUCUGGGACUUGGAUUCAGGAUCACAUAUUAGGAGUGUACUCUCAUCGGAAUAUUCAUUACUCAAGCAGCUGGUCACAUUGAUGCAUGCUGAUGUGUCAAAUGUUCAAAACCUUGAAAGUGCUCUUGAAGGAAAGAAAGAUGAAGCAUUGGUAAAAGAGGAUAUCAUCAAGGCGUGGAUAUACUGUCACGAGCAAAGGAUAGGACUCACAUAUGGAAGGAGCAUUGGACUGCCGCUGAUUACGCCAUCAAGACUUUGUACUCUGUCUCUUUCGAGAUGCAGUAUUACAGAUGGAGCUUUAGCUAUUUGCCUUAAUGGCCUGGCUUCACUGGGAAGUUUGUCCUUGGAAGAGAUUGUGACAUUAACUACUCUUCCUUCUGAAGAAUGCUUGCCAGAUUUAUGUAUGCUCGAAGGAUUUUCCUCCCUGCAACUUGACCGUGUAGAACUGAUUGAUGUUCCAAAACUCACUCCCGAGUGUAUCUCACAGUUUCGACUCCAGUACUCACUCACUGUUAGCAGUCCUAUAAUACUCAACAACAUGCUGUCGGCUGAAGGUGUCACAGUUCCACCAUUUCUUUCACUUCGAAGUUGCAAGGAACCAUUCGUUUCAUUCAAAGAAUCGGCAAAUUUCACAUUAGUGAGGGCUCUGUCAUUCUCUAAUUGUCAAAUGACUUCCCUGCCAACAAAUCUGAAGUGCUUCUCCAGUCUGAGGAAUCUCAACAUCUCCAAGUGCCCCAACAUAUCAUCCUUACCAGAUCUGCCAUCCUCCCUUCAGUUCAUAUUUGUUUGGGAUUGUUCUGAGCUGUUGAAGGAGAACUGCCGAGCACCUGAUGGAGAAAGUUGGCCAAAGAUUGAGCAUAUCCGCUGGAAGCAAUUUCAGUAG